AUGGAGUCGAUGCCCGGACAGCUUCGAGACGCGGGACGAGACGCCAGCUCUUCCCCGAGGUCCAAGCAGGACGCGCCGAGCUUCACCAGCAGCCUGAAGCCAAACCAAGUGAGCGAGACCUCCUUGUACGGGGUCCCCAUCGUGUGUCUAGUCAUUGACGGGAAGGAGAGGCUCUGCCUAGCGCAGAUUUCCAACACGCUGCUGAAGAACUACAGCUACAACGAGAUCCACAACCGCCGGGUGGCUUUGGGCAUCACCUGCGUGCAGUGCACCCCGGUCCAGCUGGAGCUGCUGCGGCGGGCCGGGGCCAUGCCCAUCUCCUCCAGGCGCUGCGGCAUGAUCACCAAGCGGGAGGCCGAGCGGCUCUGCAAGUCCUUCCUGGGGGCGCACAGCCCCCCGAAGCUGCCGGAGAACUUCGCAUUCGACGUGUGUCACGACUGCGCCUGGGGCUGCAGAGGCAGCUUCAUCCCCGCCAGGUACAACAGCUCCAGAGCCAAGUGCAUCAAGUGCAGCCUCUGCAACAUGUACUUCUCCCCGAACAAGUUCAUCUUCCACUCGCACCGCACCCCGGAGUCCAAGUACCUGCAGCCGGACGCGGCCAAUUUCAACUCGUGGAGACGCCACUUGAAACUGACGGAUAAAAAACAUUCGGACGACAUUAACCACGCGUGGGAGGAUGUAAAGGCCAUGUUCAACGGGGGGAGCAGAAAGAGGACUCUGCCCAUGAGCGGCUCGUCCAUGUCGUCGAUGAAAUCACAGGCCUCGUCCAGCUUGGCCCGAACCAGCUCCCCGGAGGUCCCCCACAAAACUUUACGGUGCGACGAGGACCAGGGGAGCACUAACCUGAGUCUGGCGAGCGGCGCACGGAGCUACCCGAUCAUCCCAGUGCCCAGCAAGAGCUUCGGCAUGCUCCAGAAAAUCCCCCCGCCUCUGUUCCCCCAUCACCCAUAUGGCUUCCCCAGCUACGGACUGUGUCAGAAAAAGAGUGAUGGAGUCCCUGACCCAAGCAAACCCAGUGUGCCCGGGAUGUUCUGGCCUGGCGCAAAGGACACCCUGUACCCUGCUUUCCCCAUGUUCUGGCCCACACCCGGCGGCCUCCCCCUGCCGCCUUACCCGGGCUCCCCACCCAAACCUCUGCCUGAGCUGCCCGGCGUCCGGCAGGGUGAGCUCGAUCUAUCUGACCAAAGUGACCGGGGAGCGAACACACCCAAAGACACCAGCUCCCACCACCCCCACCACCAGCAGGACGGCGGGGAGCGCUGCCCCAGCUCCCAGUCCUCAUCCACCAGGAACGACGAGGACAAAUCCGGCGACGAGACCCCCCCGAGGAAGAUCAGCUACAUGUCGGCCUUCAGGCCCGUGGGCAAAGACGCGGAGACCAUCGCCAAACUAUACAGCAACCGGGACAGCUACGGCGUGCGUCCUGGCUACUUGUCCCCGGAUUUUAUCAGCGAGAGCUCCAGCUACAGAUCGUUGUCCCCGGACCGGGACAGCGUGGUGGACGAAGACGACGACGACCUGGACGUGGAUGUGGAGUCCAACCGGGGACUGGACGAGGAUGAGCCCAUCCAGAUCUCACCGGGAGGGGACCACCGUGACUCCCCUGUGCCGGAGCGCGACUCCUCGGGUGCUGAGGAGAGCCAGGAGCAGCCCGACGCCUCCAGCCCCGGAGCAUCAGCAGCAUCAGCAUCAGCAUCAGCAGCAUCACCGGAGGAGAGCGCACACACUGGGUCAUCAGACGAGGACCGGCAGAUGCGUAAUGGCUCUCCUCUUCAUGAAGUGUACGCUCAUGAAAAGGAAAAGGAGCCUUCGUCCUUUGGGUCCAAACAAUCGAGCAGCCCGCGCAGAUCCAACGGAGCUCAUCACGUAUCAGAGAUACACAACCAACGCACUGCAGCAGCCUAUCAGGAUCACAGGGACAGACAAGCCGACGGGGCUUUACGCAUCGACAUCAGCGUGCAUGAAAGAGAUCUGGAGAACAUGGCGAAAGAGGAGUUGCAGAAGCAGCUCGUGGAGCAAGUGGAGCUGAGGAAAAAGUUGGAGAGAGAAUUCCAGCAUUUAAAAGAUAAUUUCCAGGACCAAAUGAAGCGUGAGCUGUCCUACAGAGAGGAAAUGGUCCAGCAGCUGCAGAUUGUUCGAGACACUUUGUGCAGCGAGUUGGACCAAGAGAGAAAGGCUCGUUAUGCAAUACAGCAGAAGCUAAAAGAAGCUCACGACGCCCUUCACCAUUUCUCCUGCAAGAUGCUCACCCCUCGUCAGUGCACGGGAGCCUGCACCUUCAAACCCCCGCUGCUGCCUCCAUAG